CCUCUUCCCUAAAAAAAUAAAAAAAAGUAAAAAAAAUUACUAUCCUCAACUGACAACAUCUCCCGCUCACCUCUCCCUCCCUAAACUUCUUUAUUCACUCGCAUUUCCUUUCUCUCCUCCCUCCACCCAUCAACGGCGACGAUGACGACGGAGGUAAACACCACCAACAACGUCCACCGCCUCUUCGAAAAUCUCGAAGCUCAGAAAACUCUCCUCUUUAAGUGCACUGACCUAUACAAAACCCUAACUUCUCAUUUCACCACUCUCCAACAAUCCAUUGAUUCCAAAACCCUAACCCUAGAUUCCAAGCUCCAAUCUCUCGAUUCAAUCCAACAGAAAUCACUCGAAGACCUCCAUGGACGCGAGAUUUCAAUUCCUGAUCGAUUAUCUUCUCUUUCCUCUGAAAUCGAGUCUAAGAAGCAAUCCGCCAUUGCCGAGCUCGGGAAACCUCUGGACGAAUCCGCGCCAUUGACGGAGGUUCUGAAGUCGUUGUGUAGGAGGAUGGAACACAAUGGUUUGCUGAAGUUUGUGGUGUGUAAGAGGAAGGAAACUGCGUCAUUGAGGGGGGAAAUGCGGGAAGCAAUGAAGGAGUGUGUGGACCCUGCGAGGAUGGUUCUAGAAACGGUUAGGGAGUUUUUGGUGGCGAAGGAAGCGGGGGUUCGUGGGAUGGCAGAUAAACGGUGGGCUUGUGGUGUGGUGGUGACGGGGUUGUUUCCGCCGGAGGAGUUGAAGGAGAAGAAGAAAAGUGUUGGUGUUGCAUUUUCCAGGAAGACGGUGGAGGAGGCGGAGGAGGUGGUUAGAGGUUGGAGAGAAAAGGCGGAGAAGCUCGCCGGUGUGGAAGGUGGUGGUAGUGGUAUGGGGUCUGCUGAAGCGGCCAUGUUCUUGCAGGUGGUGGUGGGGUUUGGUUUGAAGGAGAUUUUUGAUGAAGAAUUUUACAAGGAUAUGGUGGUGGAGUUUGCUGCUAGGAGAGAUAUGGCUAAGCUUGCUGUUCCCAUUUUUGGGGAUCAAACUGCAGAUUUAAUUGAUCAGCUUGUGAAGAAUGGAAAGGAAGUUGAAGCAGUAUAUUUCGCCUCAGUGUCUGGCUUGACUGAAAGGUUCCAGCCUACCUCCCUUCUCAAGUCUUAUUUGCGCAACUCCAAAAAGAAAACCGCAGAUAUAUUGAAGAAUGGAAACCAUAAAGCUGGUGCAACUGAUGAAGCCAACACUUUUGAGAUAAGUUACAUCAGGUCUAUUGUCAGAUGUGUGGAAGACCAUAAACUUGAGUCUGACUUUUUUGUCGAUAGCUUGAAGAAGCGGCUGUCCCUGUUGGAGAAAACAAAGGCUGAUAAGAAGAAGGGUUCUGCAGCCAACAGCUCCAAACCUUCUAACAAGCGAGUUCACAGCGGUGGGGGUCCUCCUCGGAACAGUGGUGCGCCGCCUCCACGUCCUGCGAAAAUGCGGAAGUUCCCAAGUCCAUACUCAUCUUAUGGUCAGCGUGAGGCAGUCUCUCGCUCACCAGCUGUUAGCCCAGUAUCAAGAUAUCUGGGCUCGUACAGCUUAUCAAAUCAGACUGCUUAUGAUCCAAGGCUCAACGCAUCCACUUAUGGGCCAGGUUUAUCAAGUCAGACUGCCUAUGAUCCAGGGCUCACUGCGUCCACUUAUGGCCCCAGCUUAACAAGUCAGACUGCCUAUGAUCCGGGGCUCACUGCUACCACUUAUGGUACGAGCUUAUCAAAUCAAACUGCCUAUGAUCCAGGGUCCACUUAUGGCCCGAGCCUAUCAAGUCAGGCUGCCUAUGAUCCACAUCCAGGGCUCACUGCGUCUACUUAUGGCCCGAGCUUAUCAAGUCAGACUGCCUAUGAUCCACAUCCAGGGCUCACUGCGUCCACUUAUAGCCCGAGCUUAUCAAGUCAGACUGCGUACGAUCCAGGGCUCACUGCAUCCACUUAUGGACCUAGGUAUGGUGCUUCUCAUGUUCAAACUGCUGACCAGGUCACUCAACAACAAUACAUAGUGGCCGGUGGCAGUGCUCCUAGUCCUAGUGUUGGGCAACGAGUUGUCAGUUCUUAUGGAUUGCAGAGUGCAUAUGGAACAUAUGAUCAUAGUGCCACCAGUGCACCUUACCAGCCUCCUUAUGCACAAUAAUAUCCGACAGAAUAAGUAGACACACUGAUUUCAAGUUAGUACUAGGAUAGACUAGAGUUUACACUCUACAUUUCUGUCCAGUUGGUGGAAGUUGUACAUUCUGUCUACUCUGGCGUUGUACAUUUUUUUUUGUGAAAGGUAAAAGUUUGAAAGUUAGGAAUGACUUCUUUUAAGGCUAACCCCUAUUCUAUAGUAUGGGAAAGUUGUAAUAUGAUAUUUCGGCUUUUGUUUCUUCUUA